AUGGCGGAUCAAUCCAUCAUUCGGAUUACCAAGGAACUCGGCGACAUCCAGCGAACGUCGGAUCUCUCUCUAGCUGUCGCUUGUCGCGACGUCGAUGUUCGCAAUGUUAAGGCCUUGAUCAUUGGACCUCACGACACUCCGUACGAAUUUGGUUUCUUCGAGUUUGCGAUCAGGUUCAAUAAGGAAUACCCUAGAAAGUCGCCCAAUGUCAAUGGUAUCACGACGAACGGAGGCCGAUGCCGAUUCAACCCCAACAUCUACUCAUCCGGCAAGGUUUGCUUGUCCAUCCUCGGCACAUGGCGUGGAGAGCGCGGCGAGGAAUGGUCUGCAGCCCAAGGCCUCGAAUCCAUUCUGAUUUCUAUACAAAGCUUAAUGUCUGGAAAUCCUUACGAGAACGAGCCUGGUUUCGAGGAGGCAAAUGAGGCAUCAGACAAGAAGAAUCAGAAGGACUAUGUCCAGAAGAUACGUCAUGAAACACUCCGGGUCUCCGUCAUCCAACGCAUGGAGGACUACCUGGGUCUUACACCCGACGGCAACGCUAUUGCCCAACAAUCUGCGGCAGACGGAGAGCAGCUGGACAUGGACAACGAAGACAUGGAUGACACCAACGUUCCUUUCGAACCUUUCAAGGAUCUGUGCAAGCGGCGUUUCCUAUGGUACUACGACAACUACCUCCUCGCCGUGCAAAAGGCCAAGGCCGAAGUCAGGGACCACCAGGCGUUUUCGCGAAUGCCGUUUGAAGGCGCUAGCAACACCAUGGAUGGGAAAUUCAACUACACGGAACUGGAGAGACGUUUGCGCAAUGUCAAGGCUGCUCUUGACAACGAGCUCAUCAAGUGGGCCAAGGACGGCCAGAUUGCGAUCGAGAAGGAGCUCACACUUUCUGUGAACUUGCGGCACCAGUACGAGCAAGUGGUUCAGGCAUUCAAACGUCAGGAUAUUCCCCAUGAUGUCCAGUUGGAGGACAACAAUCCUUUCAUUUGGGUCAUUACCUACUUUGGACGUCCAAUGACGAACCUUGACGGUGGCCUGUUCCGCUUCAAGAUCCACUUCAGUACCAAAUUCCCCGAGGAGCAACCUCGAGUCAGGUUCCAUACACGCAUUUUCCAUCAUCGCAUUGCAGAGGACGGAACAGUCUGCUAUUUCCCGAAUUCACUGCGAAAGGAGGACGUGCGAACUCACAUCGAGGCUGUGUUCACGGCACUAGAGGAAGAAGACCCGGCCUACGACCCUCGAACCUUGGUCAACCCUGAGGCCCACACUCUCUACUGGGGAGGUGCCGAGGCGCGGAAGAACUACAACAGGCGUCUCCGUAGAUCUGUUCAGCAGAGUAUGGACGACUUUUGA